CCCGUCCCCUCCAACUGAAUGGAAUAGUCUGUCGUAUAGCUCGGAGGGGAAGCCUAGGGGGCGGAGUCCCUGUGCCGCGUGCCCGGCAGAACGGGCCGGAGAAGGCGAGAAACCUUUCUGGUCUAGACCCAGGAAGAAGCUCAAGGGUGGGUGGUGCUAAACCCUAGAGGCUUCUAAAGAGGCUAGUCGCUCUAAGAGAGGGCGUGGCUAGGUAGAUGCGCCUGCGCAAUUGCCUAUUGACAGAAGGCAGUGGGGCGAAAGAUAGUCUGUGCGCCUGCGUCUAGGCGCAGGGAAGAAAGGGGAGCGAGUUUGAAGAACUUGGAGGGUGGGGUGAAGCUAAUGCUCUCCGCUUGGCCCGUCCUUUUUCUCCGUCAGGGGCGCUCAUCGGAGCUAGGUGGAGACAAAAGGGAAGAGAAGUGCAGGCGGGUGGCUCUCCCUCCCCUCCCACUUUCCCUCCUUUCUCUUUUCCCUCCUCCUUCCUCCCCUUUCCCUGCCCCCUCCCCUUCGGCUCCCCGCCCAUUACGCGCGCGCCCCGCCUAUAACGCGCCUGCCCCGGCUGGAGGCGGGUGGGCAGACUAGGCGGCCCUGGGUAUAUGGCUUCCAGCUACCUCCAUCGCCGCCUCCGCCUCCAUGUACCCUGCGGGGCCAGCCGGCCCGGCCCCGCACCCUCGCCGCCGCCGGCCCCCGGCACCUGCCCUGCCCGGGCCUCCGCUCCUGCCCCGGGAGGUGGGGGAAGAGGAGCAGCCGUCCCCGGGCCGGGGCCCCUUGCCUGCUGUGCCUGCAGCGCCCCCGGGGGCUGGGGGCAGCCCUGGGGCGCCAAGCCUUUCGGUGAAGAUGGCCUUUCGGAAAGCCUAUUCUAUCAAGGACAAGCUCCAGGCCAUCGAACGUGUGAAGGGCGGGGAGCGCCAGGCCAGCGUGUGCAGGGACUUCGGGGUGCCCGGAGGUACCCUGCGGGGCUGGCUCAAGGAUGAGCCCAAGCUGCGCUGGUUCCUGGAUCAGCUGGGCGGAGAAGUGGGCACCCAACGGAAGAAGAUGCGCCUGGCCAAUGAGGAGGAGAUCGAUCGUGCUGUCUACACCUGGUUCCUCACCCUGCGCCAACAUGGCAUCCCACUCUCUGGUCCUAUCAUCCAGGCCCAGGCAGAAGCCUUUGCCCGCCAGAUCUACGGGCCUGAAUGCACCUUCAAGGCUAGUCAUGGCUGGUUCUGGAGGUGGCAGAAGCGCCAUGGCAUCUCUAGCCAGAGAAUCUAUGGCGAGGCAGAGCCAGCUCCUCCCCCCCCUGCCUCAGCUCCCUCACUGCCCACCGUUAAGGCCGAACCAGACCUUGUGGCCAUAGCAGACCAUUCCUCACCGAUGCCACCCCCAACCCCCACUGAUGGGGGCUAUGGGGAUGAACAGAUUUACAAUGCCAACGUCACUGGACUCUACUGGAAGUUGUUGCCUGAGCAGACAGCCCCACCUGGGGAAGGGGAGCCUGGAAAUAGAGGACACAAGUGGAGAGGGGACAGGGUCACGGUGUUGCUAGCGGCUAACUUGACUGGCAGCCACAAGCUGAAGCCCCUGGUGAUUGGGCAGCUGCCAGAUCCACCCAGCUUGCGACACCACAAUCAAGACAAGUUUCCUGCCUCCUACCGCUAUAGCCCUGAUGCUUGGCUCAGUGCCACACUGCUCCGUGGCUGGUUCUUUGAGGAGUUUGUGCCAGGUGUCAGGCGCUACCUGCGGCGCAGCUGCCUGCAGCAGAAGGCUGUGCUGUUGGUGAAUCACCACCCUGGACCAAGGCCAUCGGGCCUAUGGCCACCCUCCCCAGAAGAGGGUGAGGAGGCUGGCAAACGGCAAAGGGCAGCUGGCAGCCUGGGCCCAGGGCCAGCCCUUUGUCAUCCUGAGGAAUUGCAGACCCCUGAUGGUGCAGUGCGGGUGCUUUUCCUGUCUAAGAGCAGUGCCCGGUGUAAGAUUCCAGCACCCUUGGAACAAGGGGUGGUAUCUGCCUUCAAACAGUUGUACAAAAGGGAACUGCUGCGGCUGGCUGUGUCAUGUGCAGGUGGCUCCCCUCUGGACUUUGUUCGUAGCUUCAUGUUGAAGGACAUGCUCUAUCUAGCCGGCCUCUCUUGGGAUCUGGUCCAGGCAGGCAGUAUUGAACGAUGCUGGCUGCUGGGUCUCCGAGCUGCCUUUGAAUCCCGUCCUGAUGAUGAGGAACAGCUGGUCCAACCCCACCCAGGAGCCUCUGGGGAGGAUGAGGAGGCCGAGGAACACAGCAAGGUCCUCAGUGACCUAACACACCUGGCUGCCCUCACUUACAAACGCUUAGCACCUGAAGAUGUGGCAGAAUGGCUGCACUUGGACGAUGGGGCCCCAGACUUGGGGGAGCCCCCAGAGGGUGGGGGGGAAGAGGAGGAGGAUGGGGGAGGUCGGGAACAGCCCUCUUGUGGGGGCUUCCCACCACUGGCUGGUCCACCCCAGGGGGAGGAGGAGGCUGGAACAGGAGGGCCAUCACCAGUACCCACAGCUGGAGAAGCCAUUAGAGGUCUUGAGACAGCUUUACGAUGGCUAGAGAGCCGUGAUCCCAGAGAGGUGGGACCCUUGAAGCUGGUGCAACUUCGAUCCUUAAUCAGCAUGGCUCAGCGGCUUGGGGAGACAGGGCCCUAAUUAUAUGUCUCCUGAUAGCUGCUGGAAGGGCAAGACUUAGUUAGGUGCCUAGGACCCAAGUGACACCUUUUUUACUUCUGCACCUUUAUAGGGGGAUGUUCAUUGGCUCCUAUAGCCUUCUUUCUUUAGAUAUUAUGGGCUAAUCCCUGCAACAACCUGGGGAAUACCAGGAACCUCAGAGAUAGCAAUGAGGGAAUGAUACCGUAUUCCUAAAGUCACCAAAGGGGACUGGAUUGAUGACACUAGUGUCACUACCAGUAAUGGUCCAAAAUGCAACUCUUAGUCAUCAGCAAAGAAGCACAUGGUAGGAAUGUCAAAGGGAGGCAACUUCAGAGGACAGUUGUUUAGGAAGGGGUAGCAAAGAGCCAUCUUAACCACUAGUUCCCCCUCUCCAAAACUCACGUGUCUAUACACAGGAGCCUUGGAGGCUCUAUCAGGGAGCAGCUUUCACUGUGUUCACAACCUUAAUCUUUCUGAGGCUCCCCAAGCUUAGAGCUGUGGCAGUCCUCUUUGAGGGUGUGUACUUUUUUUAAUGCCACGUGUGAUAUAUCCACCCCCUCACACAGAAGGCCUUUCACCCAUGUACCCUCUUCAUUUCCUUCUUGUCCUCUUCUGAUGGACUAUAUCCCACUAUGUCCUUACCUUCUUUUCUCCUCCUCCUUCCCAGUCACAUGCACUGGAUGAGGGCCUACUUAUGCUUCCUCUUGCAGGGAGGAACCUGUGAGCUUUGGUGCUGGGGUUACCUAGGGUUACCAUAGUUUUUUAAUCUUUAAAAUGGGGGGAAAAACUGACCACUUUUUUUAUACAUAGUAAAAAAAAUGAAACAAAUCUAGAGCCAGUUUUAUAAGUCAAACAAUGAGGCACCAGGACUAGAAGCUAGUGAGGGGCUAGCUCUAAACUAAUCAAGGGAAUGGGAAAGAUGCUCCUUAAGUGAGACAGUAUGACUGCCCUCCUGGAGCCAGAUUGGAAGGUGCCAGCCCUGAGUUAUUACUAAGUUGCCCUUGAGGGUUGAGCCAAGAAAUUUAGAGUGAGCUCACUUAGGGGUUUGAAGAAGGGUGUUUUAGUCUGGCUCUGAAUGGGGAGAAUUCUGUAGCAUUUGAGCUGUCCUAGGAAUGAGUAUAGACCCCAGGAUACAUCCUUAGUUUCUGUAACCAACUUGGGUUGUAGUUUUGUUCAACUUUUCUUGGUCUCUGGUUUUUGUGAAGGGUUUUGUGUGUGAUUUGGGAUUUUGUUUUGUUUAAGAAAAAUAACACUUUCAACAGUUUUACUAUAGAUUAUUGGAGUGUGUGAAUUUGGGGCCCCUCUGGGUCUCCCUCCAACAUAACUUGAAAAUAACCUAUUUUUUAAGUCCAGCAUGUUUGUGGUAAUCAGCAAUGACAUGUUUUUUCCCUAUGUGAAAACUUUAUACCAACUGUGGGCUUUGAGAAAUUACCCAUUUUCUCUGAUCAAAGCUAGGGCAUCCUUCUAGGAAUCAAUUAUGGAGUUUUUAUGCUGUCAGUAUCUGGAGGUGAGGACAGUGGGGUUCAGUGGAAGAAUUCUUAUUAACUUUGCCCUUCUCGAGAUCAAAUUGGUCUUUACCUGGAUUCCUAGUUGGAACAAGAUUCUUCGAUAAGAAUCAUUCUUCUUGGGUGGAUUUUCUUGUCAGAUAGUAAGUCUUUUGCAAAGUUGAGACAUGACCAUACCAGAAAGGACACAAAAUUAACAAGGGGCUGGGGUGUAGGUAGGAUUUGGUGUAAGUUUGGGGGGAGCUUGACAACUUUCAUUUAUUUUCUAAGCAAAAUAGUCUGGAUUAUAGAGUCUUGGAAAAAAAGGGGAAAAUACCCCUGGUGCCUCUUGUAUAGUAGUUCAGAGUUCAUUGUUACUCAGUUGAGGCUGGGAAUAGGGUUUAAAGAGGAUUUGAAAGAAAUUUGUCUGGUGCUCACAGCUACUUGGUAAAUGUCAUCCUGGAUCUUUUUGGACAGUAGACAGCAUCCGUAUUCAGAUGCGGUUGAUUGGCAGUUAACUUUCUGACUCCUCAUUUAUUCUCUCUCUCUACUUACAAAUUUUCUGCAACUCCCCCUCCCGCAAUCUUUUUUUUUACUACAAGUGAGAAUUUUGAAAACAAGGAAUUGGUAUGGAGUAUGGUAUGGAGAAAGAUCUGUUAGAUGGAAUUUUGGAGGGAAAUAAAAAAAACUAUGCCUCACA